AUGUUUCAGGGCAAGGGGGUGAUGAUUGGAUCAGAGGACCGGAUGAAUGACCAGCGCCGCCAAAGCGAGCGAAACUUCUCAGACCUGUUUGGUACUGCGAGCGCCAGGCCAUUGCAGCUCAAUGAAGCUGGCCGCAGCGAAUUUCACUCAAGCGCGACAGCGUCUUGGAUGGAUUCUACAACCGAGACGUCUGCCAGGAAUUUGCACCGCCGCAGUGGAGAGGGCAGCCUCAUCUACGACCCGACGGCAAAGUCCGUGGAGUCGAUUGCGCUGCCACUUUCGCCCCGGAGCUGCGAAAGGUCUGUCGAUGUCAUGAAAGAGGAACGAGCCUUCUGGGAUGUGUCUCCUCCAUCACCCCGGGCUGGUAUGGCAGCUGGAGUGGAGGUUGCUCGACGCCACCGGGAGCGGAUCAGAGCACGGUCUCAUGACUCAGGUCGCACUAGAGAAUUAACUCCUUCAGAGCGGAAGCUCGCCAAUCUUGCUUCCGGGCAGCUGCGAAUUGCGACAGGGGCAUCUAGCGAGCCUCAUGAUGAUGGCCGGCGGUCAUCACAAGCAAUAGGAACCCGCCGAAAUAUGGUCGUGGAUUCGCCAAGGUCAGUACGACAUGGGACAUUCGGAGAAGAUUCUCCAGCAGCUCGGUCUGCCUUGGCCAGGGCUGCGCCAAACUCAGCGCGACAGCGCAGGAUGAAGGAGAUGCUGACAUCGGUGGGUUUCUUUUGA